CCGCCACCGACCUGACCUGACCUGCCCUUCCCAAGAUGGUAAGGCAAACGAAAUCAGUGGAGUAGUCACUCAAUCCUUCCUACCAUACCACACCGCACCACAGCUCGGCGCCUUGCCUGCUUCGCCACUCCCACUAGGAGAGGACUAGUACAAAGGGGAAGGAGGGGGAGGCCCUCUCUCCCCUUCUCCUCCCGACCCCCGGCUGGAAAUGGCGGCCUCCUCCCCCUCCGCCCUCGCGCUCUCCCCCUCCACGCGGGUGGUAGCUGGUCCGUCCCUGCUGCUUGCUGUGAAGCGGACGCCGGCGACGCGAGUGGCCGCCGCUCCCUCCGGCCAGCUCCCCGCCUGCUCUUGGGGCCCUCUCCGGCCGGAGCUCGCCCCGGCCCCUGGCCCCUGCGCCGCCCGCUGCAGGGCGCCUCUGCUCCGGCCUCGCGCAUGGAUGUCCACGUCCCAGAUUGCCAGCUCCGCCUUCACACUGGGCACCGUCGCCGUCCUCCCCUUCUACACGCUCAUGAUCGCCGCCCCCAACGCCAGCAUCACUAAGCGCACCGUGGAGAGCACCGCCCCCUACGUGGCGCUCGGCCUCCUCUACGCCUACCUGCUCUACCUCUCCUGGACCCCCGACACCAUCCGCGCCAUGUUCGCCAGCAAGUACUGGCUCCCCGAGUUGCCUGGCAUUGUGAGGAUGUUCGCGAGCGAGAUGACCGUCGCCUCCGCCUGGAUCCACCUCCUUGCCGUCGACCUCUUUGCUGCAAGACAAGUGUACCAUGAUGGAAUCAAGAACAACAUCGAGACCAGGCAUUCGGUUUCGCUGUGCCUGCUCUUCUGCCCCAUCGGGAUCGCCGCUCACGCGCUGACCAAGGUACUCGCGGGUUCCACAGGUCGAUCACACUGACGACCGAUUGCCUGUAGGCAGGCUCCCCUUGUUUAGAUGUCUCAGAUCGUGAGGUUCAGAUAUAUGAAUAAAAUUGAUUUGGUGCACCAUUUGUUCUA